CAUGGCAUGUUGAUGGUUACUUAAGUCGACUUCACCUGGCUUGGCGCCAUGAGCGCAGAUGUGCGGCCACGUGGUUUUGGACGAUCCAGAUCACCUCACCGACAGCUGCGCAUUGAAGAGUGCACAGCAGUGCGGAAGGCCCAGCGUGCGGCCAUCCACGUGACCCAACAGGAGGUGGCGGAGAUGGUGGGGCGCCUGAAGACGAAGAUCCGCCCGUCGGAGGUCCUGAAGCUCUUGAGGCGACUCUCUGUCGCCAUGGCACCGCUGCGCGGUCCACGGCUGGUGGAGUGGUUGCGGGCCACUGGCGCAGGGAAGGUGGUCAAUGCCAUGGGCAAGUCCACGGAUUCCGAGGUGUCCCGCUUCGCCGUCCGCCUCGUUGAUGCCUGGCGCCAAGCGCUGCCAGCCCUACCGGCGCCGAAAGCCGCGGUGGUGGUGUCCUCGUCCUCCGACAGCUCCAGCGACGCCAGCGGUUCGGACGAGGAGUGCCGAAGAUCACCCAGCGGAGUGGAGCCCAAAAGCGAGAGCAGCGGGAGCAGCGGGCAUUGGGUGUCUUUGGGCUGUGACUUCAACCAAGAUGGAGACAAGGUGACUGGGAAGAAGAAUAGUGUCCCUCGCAGGACCAAUGUGGUGGUGGAGGCCUACACUCGCACUGCCAAGCAGACCCAGAAUGAGAAUUUGAGCAACAUUGCAGAAGUGGCCUUAAAGUGUGGCUGGAAGCAGAACUUCAAUGCAAAAGCCAAGUCAAAGAGGCCAGAGGAGCAGCCAGAGCAUGACAAUGCCAAGGCAUCCUUGGGCACCUACAAGGCAGUACUUGGGCAGAAAGGAGAGCUGACUGCAUGGUGUGGAGACCAGAACUAUGUUGUGGCACCACCAGGGGCACUCAUCACCAUGGUGUAUCGACAUGCUGCCUAUCAUUUGCUCCUCAGUGCUACAGCCUGGACACAAGAGUUGCUUGGCCUUAGCUGA